AUGGGUCUUGUUGAUGGCUCUGUUUCUAUACCAGAAGAAACUGAUCCAACCCAGGCUGAAUGGGCUCAUCGUGAUCAGCAACUCAUGAGUUUGCUCAUUACCUCUCUUUCUAAAGACGUAUUACUACAAGUUGUUGGCCUCACAUCUUCUCGCGAUGUUUGGGAGAGUCUUGUAAUAGCUUUCGGCUCCUUCUCUCACACUCGCAUUCUUCAACUUCAACUUCAAAACCUAAGGAAAGGCGAUACUCCUAUCUCCAGUUUUCUUCGUCAAGCAAAAUUUUUUACCGACGAGCUUGCUGCUGCUGGACAACCAGUCUCCAUUGCAAACUUCAAUGCUAUCAUAUUCAACAAUCUCAGUGCAGACUUCAAUGAGAUGGUGACCGCCCUCUCUAUUCGUGCUAAUCCAAUUCCUUUUCCAGAGCUUCACAGCCUUCUUCUAAGUCAUGAGAUCCAGCUAUCAACACAGCAUCUUUCAAACAUAGCUGCUGCUAAUAUUGCUCAAAUGCAAACAUCAUCUAGAAGCUGA